AUGGGCCGGGUACCCGCGCUCCCUCUCACCGCCCUCUGCCUGGCCUGCCUCUGCGGGCUGGCCGCGGAAGCCGCGCGCAGCCGCUGGGCGCUCACGGCCGGCAACGACGCCGCGGCCGUUGGCACCUGUGAAAACCUUUCUAACUGCAGUUCGUGUAUUGGAAAUGACACAACUGUAGCAGGCUGCAAGUGGAUCACAUGUGAAAGUAGCAUGUGUGUAAAUGAAACUGAAGUAGAUGGGAAAUAUCCCAACUGUACUGUUGAAGAACAGUGUUCUUCUCCUACAGUUGUUCCUUUUUCCAGUGCUACUACGAUGUCUUCCAAUACUACUACACCACCUUCCAAUACUACCACAGCCAGUUCUGCUACCACAGCUCAUACUACUAUAGCUAACAUCACCAAUGCAACUACACAUGCUUCUCUACCUACAACUGCCAUUACUUCAGCUACCACAACAACCAGUAUUCCAGGUACAAAUGCUACUGUGACUCCUGCACCUUCUCCACGCAAAUCUACAUUUGAUGCUGCGAGUUUCAUAGGUGGAAUUGUCCUUGUUCUGGGUCUGCAGGCUGUUGUUUUCUUUCUGUACAAAUUCUGCAAGUCGAAAGACCGAAACUAUCACACACUUUAGGACCUGCCACUUUAUAAUGGACUAGUUGCCCAAUACUUGUAGUUCACUGAACCAAAAUAUUUUCUGUUGCUCAUGGAAGACAGCAGUUCAUAAUAUCCUUUAAAUCUCUAAAAGAAGACUUUAAAAGAAUAUUUUUGCAACAUUGUACUUGGUAAGAGGUGUUACGAAUCUCUUCAACAGGAUUACUUGCAAUAUGCUGCAUGGGUUCUAAUGGCUGUCUUAUUUUCCUUUAGUGGCUGCUGCUGUGGGACUUUUUUUGAUACACCAAAUGUAGACAUUCAGAGAUUCUUAUUCAGUGGCAACACUGUCUUCAGUAGACAAUCUCAUGAUGACUUAUUGUGAAGGCUAAUUUAAUCAAUAUUUGAUACAGUAUCCCUUCAGUUUUAUCAAGAUGUGAAUUAUUGGUGACUGACUUCAGGGAAUGAAAUACCAUUUAUACUAGCUUAUGGCUCUUACAGCAUGCUGCUAGAAAGAUGAACAAAAUUGUAGAAGUAGAUAAUGUCUUAACAGAAUAACAUAGCCCAUAAUUUUUUUUACACAAGAAUAAAGGUUGCCUGAUAAAAUACUGCAUUCCAAACAGAAAUCCUAUGCCCUUUCCAACUAAUGUUGAAGGUGGAGAGGGGAUGAAGGAGAAAUUAAUAUUAGUGCCUUAAAAGACUAAAAAUAAGUAGGCUGCAAAAGUGUCCCACCUAUCUCAAAGAUAAAUAAAACUAUUAAGUACUAGCUUUAUAUAGGAUAAUGGAAUACAUGUGACUUGAGCAUUUCAGUUUAAAAACUUUUUACAAUAAAUAACACUCCCUUAUUGACCUUGUUUGAGGGUGAGGGAGCAUGGUACAGUAAUGUUCAGCUACAAACAGGAUCUUUGUUUACCUUUUGUUCUGGCCUACAAAGACCAACCAUAAAAACUAGUGAUAAAAUUCAGUUCACUCCCAAUACAAGAAGGCAACAACUCACAUUAAUACUUGAAAUACUGGUGUUUGGGAAAUCCUGAGGUUUUUCAUAUUCAAAUAGUUCUUAAACUCAUUGCAAUUAAUUUCAGGGUUUUGGAUUUUUCUUUUUUACCCUCCUGUAUGUCUGUUUGCUGAAGGAGCAAUUAAGGGUAGUUCAGGGGAUCUGCUGAUUUGAUCCUAGUCGAGAUUGCUGUAGUCCUGGGGUUGCCAGGGCUACAUCUUUUUUCAUUCCCCUCCCUUCUUCCUGGCAUCAGGUUUGUGUCACCCUACAGUGAACUGGUUAAGGAAAUUUGGCUAAAUAGUAUUUUUUUCCCUUGGCUGGAUCAGGCAUGUGAUCUGAGUAUCAAAGGUAUGUCAUCUCCAAUGUAGAUUGAAAAUAAACCCACAGGAAAAAAUGGAAGUAAAGAUAAAAUCAAGUGGUGGAUGUAGCACAUUGGUGAUCAAGGGAUAUCAUCAAAACCAGUUUCAGGAUAAUCUGUAGUACUACUAGCUCUGACUUGACUGGAAUUUGGCACCCAAUACAAAAUGAUAGCAUUAAUGCAGAUAAUAGUCAUGGCAGUGGAACUUAAAUAUGAAGCAAAUUAAAGUGCACUUCAGUUGGAAACUUAAAGUGCACAGUGCUGCUUUCUUGUGUGAAUGGCAUUGUUUCUAUUGUGCUGCAUAGAAAACUCAAAUUGCUACAAAAUACAGAAGUUACUCACCAGUACUGUAUCUUUUGAGUUCAUUAGCUUUUGUCUUUCUAAACGAAACUAAGACAAUCAGCUCAGGUUUAUUAAAACAGCAGAGUGAGCAGUCCGUUUCCAGCAACAGUAUGUGUGUGGGUUAGAUGGUAUAUCCUUGGCCUUAUUGUGAAAUCACUUAAUCUGUCAUUUCCCUAUCUCAGAACUAUUUUAUUACAUUUAUUU